GGUCGACUAAAACGUCAUAGCCGAUAGAAGGCGAAACAAGAAGGCACGAUUUUGAAGUUCGCUGUUUUUUUUCCGUCAUCUACUUAAAAGUGUUUUUUGUCACAUAAUUAUUGAAAAUGACCGAACAGUCGUCGCUUCUUCUCAGAAAACAAUUAGCAGAACUCAAUAAGAACCCAGUUGAAGGCUUUUCUGCUGGUCUGAUCGACGACGACGAUAUCUAUCAGUGGGAGGUCGUGAUUAUUGGUCCAGCUGAUACGUUGUUCGAGGGUGGAUUUUUCAAAGCGACCCUCACCUUUCCUCAUGACUACCCACACCGUCCUCCAAAGAUGAAAUUUAUUACAGAAAUCUGGCAUCCUAAUGUUGCGAAGAACGGAGACGUCUGCAUCUCGAUCCUACACGAGCCAGGUGAGGACAAGUUUGGCUACGAGAAGCCUGAAGAGCGAUGGCUGCCGAUCCACACCGUCGAAACCAUCAUGAUCAGCGUCAUCUCCAUGCUAGCAGACCCGAACGGAGACUCGCCAGCCAACGUGGAUGCCGCUAAAGAAUGGCGAGAGGAUCCCAGUGGAGAGUUCAAAAGGAAAGUAGCCCGCUGCGUGAGAAAAAGCCAGGAGAUGGCUUUCGACUAGAUCUUCCCCUCACUGAGAGAUUCACGUAAAUGCUUGGAAUACAAUGUCAGUCAUUCUGCACAGGGGUUUCACUCACAAGGAUAAAAAUCUGUGUGUGGUUAUGAAGAGUGUGUGUGUGUGUGUGUGUGUGUGUGUGUGUGAGUGAGAGAGAAACUUAUUUAUUGUUUGGAUUAUGAUUCAUUUUAACGCAUGACAAUUUUGACACUGAGCCAUAAACUACGUGCAAAGCCACUUAUGCAAUUUUCUCGGUUUUACACUCCAUUGUUGAUCCUCAUACCCAAAAACGCUUCUCCCUGCGGAGUCCAUGAGCUCCGUGCUGCCUUAAUUUAUCCUCCUGUACAGGAAAGAGUUAAAUUCCUCGAAAUCAGAAUCUUUGAGAGGACAUUGUGUAAAAUAUUGACUGUAAAUAUGUUGUAUUAUAGCCAUGUCAAUCUAAGAAUUGCUUUGUUUCUCCAUCACUUAAUUUUUAUUCAUUUGUGGCUACAUGCGGCUUGAAAGCAGUCAACAUUUUACAUAUAGCUCACCUCAGGUUUUUAAAUCUUUUGUCCAUUUUCCUUAUUGCUCAUUAAAGCAUUUUGCCUAAAAGUCUAA